AUGACGAAGCAGUAUUACCUGGGUGGUGAGAAGCAUACGUUUUGUGUAGCGAGUUUUACACAACAGAUAAUAGCAGACAUUUUGAUAAGUCUGUUGUUCAACCUUACACUCCUUUCUAAAGUCUCUGAGAGCUUGCUUGCCCUCUUCCCAAGUUACCAACAGUAUGCAGACGAGGAGGCCCAGCUCCUGCAGAGAGAAGAGCUAGAUUUCGAGGACAAUACCGCUGCCCAGGCUGGCUUCAGGAUACCACAGUCUUCUGGUCUCCAUGGCCGGCUGAAAGGACCCGACCCACCGAGAAUUCAGACCAUAACCCCUUUUUUCGCUCAAGCUCAGGAAUUUCUACCAACCUGGCUCAAUCAGCGUUUCCCAGAACGGAGACAGAGAGCACUCCUUCUCAGUGGAGUUCUUGGCUUGUGGCUGAUCGCUUUCAUCAUAUCUUUAAGCGCACAAUUUCCUGUCACGGACAGUACAGGUAGACCGGUUACCAACCUCGACUGCGUCGACACCCUCUGGAGACCUAAGAACGAAUGUGGCAUAGACGGUAUCAAUUGCCAUCCCUUCAGCAACUCCUCAUUUUCAUUCAAGUGCCCAGCCAAAUGCGCCAGCGUCAAGGUCCUGAAUCCUCGCGCCGUCGGGCCUGUGGACGUCAACUACCGUCCUUUGGUGAUUGGAGAUGGGACAUACCGCGGCGACUCUUUCAUCUGCGCGUCUACUAUUCAUGCUGGCGUAAUGACCGACAAUGGCGGGUGCGGGCGUGUCACGCUUCUGGGCCGUCGGGACAAUUUCUCCGGAACAGAACGGCACGGGAUCGAGUCCAUCCCAUUCGAUUCAUACUUCCCCCUAGCUUUCGCUGUUUCCUCGGAUUCCAGUAUCACAUGUUCUUCGGACCCAAGGAACGUCUUGCUAUUCUUGGACAUCCUCGUCGCUGCACUGCUCUCGAUCUUCGGAGCAUCACCUACCGUAUUCUUCCCCAUCUUCGUCAUCAUAUUCGCGCACGUGGCCUUCGCGUCGGAUCCCCCUUCGGCUUCAUACCGCAACACCACCGUCCUCCCUGACCACAUCGCCUCAUUCGCCAAACGCCUACUUCCUGCGCUUUUUUGCGCUGUCGUCAUCUACCGGACCACGGUCAGACGCACGUUGCAUGGCUUAACAGCACACGUGGAAAAGACUUUCUUGUGGCUUGGAGGCUUCUUCUUCGGCGCCUUAUCAAACUACACAUUUGACUGGAUCCCAAUACAACGCCUCACCGCACACGAUCUCGAGCAACAGCCAGGCGCCAAAUUCGCGCUUGCCAUUAUUCUCGUAGUAUUAGUCGCCAUCAUCGCAGGCCAGAUCUACUACUUCUGGCUCGAGGGGCGUCUACUUCGAUACUUGGCCUUGUAUGGACUCUUCAUAUCUGGCAUUCUCGUAUGCCUAACGAUCCCCGGAGUCUCACUCCGCAUCCACCACUACAUCAUCGGCCUACUACUCCUUCCUGGCACGAGCAUAAAAACACGGCCAUCUCUAGUAUACCAAGGAAUACUUCUCGGCCUCUUCGUAAACGGCAUCGCACGUUGGGACUUCGAUUCCGUCCUCCAGACCACCGCUGACCUCCGAGGCGAUGGCAAGUUCGACUCUGCACUGCCCGAGCUGCUAGAACCGGGAAUAACUAACAAAGCCGGGGUUCUGGUGGCGAAUUUUCAGUGGGUCGCGCCGCCAGCAGUAGUGGAUGGGAUUAGUGUGCUUGUCAACGAUGUGGAGAGGUCUCGCCAGUUCUUCAGCGACGCGGAGGACGGUGCUCAUGGAUUCGAGUGGACGAGAACGGUGGAAGAGAGCUCGAAUGAGUAUUUUCGGUUUGGGUACGUGAAGGGUGGGAGGACGCUAGAUUAUACAAAGGCGGGGACAUUGUUUGGGAAUGGGACGUGGAGCGGGACUUGGUAGGCGCCACCAAGAGCAACGCACGUCCUACAUCCUUUAACAGCCACAGCGACUUAGCGAUGCGUCCGUCGCUAUGUUUCGCAUAGGGAGCUGCACACCAAAGUGCAUCAACCUUCAUAACUUGCACAAAAUUCCUUUUUGUGCUCAGGAAUUUAACGUUACUCCUUCUCCGAGAUGCUUCGGUAUCCACAUAGUACGAACGCCCUC